UAUUACCAAGCGGUGGUGUUAAAUGUUAUGUUUUAGACGUUUUACUCAAUUGUGGCUUAAAAUUGUAGUUUGUUUAACCACUGAAUUUAGCAAGAAUGUUAGCUUAAAUUGGGGCUAGCUAGCUAGCAAGUGAGGAAACAAGGAAGUACUCGCUCCCGCCCUUCAUCCUCUCCACCCCUCCCUUUCUUUGAGCAUCCUCUCCUCACUACACCCUGAGUCAUCUCACAGCUGCUUCCAUCCACAUUGUUUCCCCCCUCAAUAGGUUCCUGUCAGGUUCGUUGUCAUGACCCGGGUGGUUCCGACUCGUCCUGCUGCUUUGACAGCCCUAGCCCCGCCUCCCUCACCCCUGCUGACCAAUCGGAAGGCUUCUCCGUCUCGCAGCUCGCCUUCCGGUCACAGGAGCCCCCCAGGUGUGCGACAUGCACUGCUUUUAGCUAAGGACAGACAUGGCAAUGGAGGAAAGACACAAGAGCUGUCAGAGGCGUUGCAGGACAAAGAGCGGCGCGCUCGGCAGCAGCUGGAGCGCCGAGGCGAGGAGCGAGAGCGCAAGAUGGCGGCACAGAGGCGGAAGGAAGAGCAGCGCCACCUGGCGGCCGAGGAGAAGAGACGACAGCAACAGGAGGCGGACAAGGAGAGGCUGGAGGCCCUGGUACGCCGGAGAGCCGGGGGCGCUGAGCGGAGAGGAGGAGCAGAAGGAGGGGAGGCCCGGGACCACCUGGAUAACAGGCCUAAACGAUGGACCUGGGGGGGACCGCCUGAUGGAGUGGAGGGUAACCCUAAGACCCCACCCUGCCACGCUGUUGAGCCUAAUCAGCUCCCUGCUGCUUCAGCUUCCAGUGUCCACCAAUCCCGUCACGUCUGUGAAUUCCUGGCCCCACCCACCUCUUCAGAUCCACCAAUGAACAAGCAGCUGUCCAACUCGUCAACUGCCCUCCACUCAACAGAGACAGCUUCCCCCAUCAACAAGCACAGAUCUCACAGAAGUUCCUCCAACCGCAGGAGCAUCGCUGCCUUCCCUGAAGAGAUGUCGAAGGCCAAAACGCCCACGGGGGAGUUUCCUAACGCACCUGUUCGUAGCUCAUCCUUCAGAGCCAAUAAUAAAGGUCCCGCUACACCAAAAAGGAUGCGGUCAAACAGGAGUCGGGCCCAGUCGCCCUGUUCCCCUGGCCAGUACCCACCCUCCCCUCUCCGGCAGAGGGUCACAACUCCUGGCGCUGGGGACGACAGGAGUCACGCUGAAGUCAAAGGUCACAGUACCCUGGACAGGAAGUCUGCCAAAUCUGAGAACUCUGAGAAGAAAAUCCCCAAAUCCACCAGCAGAGAACUCUGUGCAGAGUCUCCAGGAGCGCACACAAGCCGGAGCGUCGGCGGAACCAUGGAUGCAGAGGAGGCAUCCAGACUGCUGGCCGAGAGGCGCCGCCUGGCCCGAAUACAGAAGGAGCAGGAGGAGAAACAGCGGCUGGAGGAGGAGCAGCUGAGGGCAGAGGAGGAGCGCAGGAGGCAGCAGGAGUCCCGGGAGCUGCAGGAGAGAGCCGCACAGCAGGCAGAGGAGGACCGAGUCCGUCGGGAGGAGGAGAGGAGAAGCAGAGAGGAGGAGGAACGGCGGCAGAAGGAGCAGCGAUGGAAGAACAUGCAGGAGCAGCUGGACAAAGAGCGGGAGGAGGCCUUCCAGCGAGCCCAGAAAGAGGCUGAGAGGAAGCAGAGGGAGCGAGAGCAGCUUCAUAUCCAGGAGGAGCAGGAGAGGCUGCAGAGGAAGAAGAGAAUUGAAGAAAUAAUGAAGAGAACAAGGAAGAGUGACGUGGACGCACUAUCUGGUGCUGCAGCAUCUGACGUGAAGUCUGAGACACCGCUCAUCCUGGAGGAUGACAUGCCGACUCCUGCUGAGGCCCCUGUCAUCCUGCUUGGACCACUUGAGAACAAGAGCUUUGUGGACGAGUUGUCAGACGGGGUCCAGUCCAUGGACGUGAGUCCAGUGUCCAGGGAGGAGCCGGCCAGCGCUCAGGAGUUUUCACCAGUUGCCGACGGGACAGAUGGCUGCUCCCUGGAGCACAUGAUGGACCUGGACCCAGCACAAGCGCCCCCUUACCCUAAACUGCAGGCCGGCAGCGGAGUGGGCGACCUUAACAAGAACCUUCUCAUCCAAGCGUACAGUACCGCCGCCGAGUCCUCUCAGCUCAUACACAGCGUUGGUCCCAGCGAGUUGGAUGUGUGAGGAACAACUGCUCAUCAUCCACCCUGAUCAGCGUCCUGCUGUUGGACAGAGUUGGAUAAUCAUUUAGUGAAGACACCAUGUAGAGUCACAUCUAAACGGCUUCUAAUCAAUGACCUGCAAGCAAGGUCUUCCUAUUUAUUGAUUGAAUAACACACAUUGCAUUGCAUGUGAGAGCUUGACGGUUUGCUUGAAGGAAAGGUUUUGUUCUCUCGAUGAAUGAAGGAGCUCAGAUAUCACAUAAGCAGUUGAUCACUGAGGGAAAUGCAGAAGUGCAGCCUCACUUAUAGCCCAGGUUUAAGACAAUGUGGAUUUAACAAGAAAGCAUCCAUAUCUUCACUGCCACAUGCUUUAAUCAGCGUUAAACUCAUGCUUUGGGACAUGUGUAAAUACUGUACAUGUGACUGGGCGGCGCCUGGAACAAAAAAAAAAGCGUGUGGCUAGGAGACAUGUUAGCGGUCGUGCUCAUAGCUUUGUUCCUCGGUGGCUCCUGCGCGUUCCUGUCCACGCUGGUGUUUUGAUUCGUAGCCUGUAGCUUUGCCUCCUCUGCUGCUCGUCGCUGGACAUUUUGUGGACGGUCCACAGUUGGGGGAGGGGCUAAGAAAUGUCACCUGGCCUAUGAUUGGUCAGCGGACCAGGAAGUGUAUGUUGUGUACUUGUGAGGCACCGACUAGCCACGCUAGCUGCAGUGUGCACUAUUAUUACCACUACCCCCCCCCCACCCCCACCACCACCACCACCACCACCAAAAUAUACCUCACCCAUUGAGAACACACAGCUUAUCACCUCUGAGGCCUUCAACCUCUGCGCUCCAUGGUUUGACUUCCCGCUGGAGCUCCUGCAGCUCAUGCACCUGUGUUCCAAUAGCAUCCUUGAAGUAGCAACACAGGAAGUGGAUUUUUUUUCUCAGCGGCAUUGCAAGAGCCACCAUGAUGUUCCAUUAGAAGAGCGGGACUAAAUAACAUAAAGACCACCUCAUGUCUACGACUACUACUACUACUACUACUACUACUGCUACUACUGCUACUGCGACUACUAGUACCUGCAGUCUGUUUGAAUAUAUCAUUGUAGAUGUAAUGCAUGGAUUACUGCUAAAAAUCACUAAUAAACUUCAUCAAAACCA